GAUGUUCAAGAAAACUGGGUUUCUACUUCUCAGCCCUUUUUGCACUUUCAUGGCUACUCUUUGCAUCUCUAUAAAAUCGAUUAUGCAUGUCAUCAGCUGGUGAAGUCAAUCGCGUCUAUUGACACAACCGACACAAGGACAAAAAAGUAUAAAUAUCCGUUCGUACAAGUGUGCAGUUUUGGUGCGUGUGUCGCGACUUUCUACCUUUGUAUGAAUUUGUCCGAUCGCUGAUGUCACGAAAAAUGUAAAAAAGUGAGAGAAAACACGACACAUUACACAUCUUCAUGUAUUCGUAUAUUUACAAAUCGACUUCGGAGGAUACGUAUAAAGCGAAAGUUGUUUUGCUUUUACUGUGCGAGUAAGAUCCCAGAGCAUGGCCGGCGUCGUGCCACUGUCUGGUAGAACAGCAAGAAAACAGUGGAUACUUCACGAUGGUCUUAAAGGAUCCUUGCGAGGACUUCAAUCCGCAUUGGCAGAGGAUGGAUGCCCGGAGUCACAAGUUGUCCUGGCUAAACAAUUGUUGGACGAGAGAUGCGAAUUGAACGUUGAUAAAGAAGAAAACGCCAAGCUCGGAGUUUAUUGGCUGACCAAAGCGUCUGAACAAGGAAACUUAGAGGCGACUGACAUCUUGAAAAAAUGUUUAGCAACGGGGCGUGGAAUUACAGAGCAUAAUUAUUAUGACGUUAAGGGUUGUCUGGACAUGUCGCAAGAUGAAAAAUUGGCAAGACGAGCAGCCCGAGAGAUGUUUACCAGCCUUUCAAACGGCGAAGACUUCGUAACGACGGAGCAGCUUGGAAGACGAAUGAGAAAAUUAGGAAACUCUCAUGAGACAGAGACAAACUGCGUUGAGAGGCUAUCGAGUACUCACUACGAAAGAUCGAGUGGUAGCGAAAAGCAAAAGUGUUUAGACAACAAAAAUGGAGAGAAUUUGACUGAGAGUAGAAAAGGUGGUCUGAGCGAAGGGGACGGAGUGGAUGGGCAUCGUUUGACAGCACGUGGAAUAAUCGAGUAUGGCGAAGUGUUAGAAAAUCAGGGUGAAAAGAUAACAGAGGCAGCUUUAGUAUCAGCUGCAACGAGUUAUGCUCGAGGGUUGCUACCAAUAGUAUCACAUGCAAUUUGCACUUUGGAGCGUCCGGAGAUGCGAUUAGACGCAAUACCAUUGCUCCAGAGACCGUUCGUUCAUCCUUUCGAAUCUUUGAAACGUCUCUACAUUUGGAUAAUCGAAAGACUGGGCAAGCGUCAUUUUCCAAUGGGAAAAAUGAUAUUCGCCUCAAAUAUCCCAACGCUGCUUCUUCUUCUCGUUUACUCGAUGCUCGGCACGGAAAACCUCGUUCUUUUCGUUCCAAUGGGACUCUACUAUCUCUCGUUUCUCGUAAUGGUUAUCGCGACAUUUCAAAUGCUUCAAAGCAAACGAGAGCUGAGUGAAUUUCGUGCCUGGUCCGGUUUAUUUCUCAGUUAUUCCGGUGGCAAUUUAAAUGCUCAAGAAGCAGAAUACCAAUUUUGCCGCAACAAUCUCAAGCCUUACGGCCACUUUUUUCUCGCUCUCCUCGUGAAUCUCAUGGUUUAUCCGAUCAUAGCACAUCAAUGGACACCCCAAUCGGAAUUAGCAAUUAUUGCUUUCGCUCUCACACUUUCGACUCUCUGCCAUUUUGCCUGGAAAGAUUCAUCACGAUUUCCCGACUUUUUGGCUCUCCUCAGCUUCGGGGUUCACGUUCUAGCCAAAUAUCCCUACGAAACUGAUAUCGUUGUUGCACAAACCUGGAGAUUUCUCGAUAUUCGAGUUCCCACUUUCGCUUCAUACGUCGUUGGCAACGGAAUCGAAUUUUGUCUUAAUUUUCGCGCUGUUUUCUACCUCCUCAUACCUGCGGUGUUCGCCAAAAUGGCUGCACGUGAUAAUUGGCGAGGCACUUAUAAAACACUUAUUCCACAUUGUGUGACUCUCAGUUGGUGGCAAAUCGCGAUACUGAGCUCUCAAGGCGCUACCUGGUAUGGUCUCAUUAGAGGUGCUCUCGCUCUCGUUGGCAUGGUCCUCUUCAUUCCCAUUGCCAGCUUAGCUUCCAUCGUUUUGCCUAUCAUAGCAGCCACCAAAUAUCUCGCCGAGAGCGAAUUAAUCAUUCGAAUCGCUAUCACUGCUAUACUCGGCGUUCUGCCCUUUUUUGCCUCAUGGUAUCUCAAGAGAGCAAGAACCUUGAAAUUCAAUUGGAUCAUCACGUGUAUUCAGCUGGGUCUUGGACUGGUAGCAGGAACAUUUUUGUCCUGGCCAAUGAUACAAGACUAUAAACAGAACGAUGGAUCAGACCCGAGUGUGGGAAUGGUGACAACACUGAGUUGGGAGCAAUACCAAAAUUAUUGUCAUCAAUCGGCGUGGGAGGAAACGUCGUCCAAGGCUCAAGUUCAGGUGCAAUGUGCACAGUUGGAAGGAGCGAUGAUAUCGUGGGAAGGUUACGUAACGAACGUGCGUUUGAAAUCGAUCGACAAUAAGCUGGGCACGAUAUUGAACAAAUUUCCGCAUUUUGUGAGUGAACCAUUGAGUUGUUUGUGGGGUGAUGAAAUCGAGGACGAUUGUCGAAUGGUGGACCUGCUCCGACGAAAAUCAUGCCAAACAAUACCCAGAACAAAUCUCCGAGGAAGAAAAGAAAAAUGUCAUUUGUUCGGUUGGAAUCGAUACGAAUUUGAGAUUUUUGUCAAAAUGAAAAAUCACAUUUGGGGCAGCAAUGCCGAAAUCGUGCUGAUCGGCGAUCACUCUUUCACGAAUUUUAGUCUGAACAUUUAUCCUGGUGAUAAAAUACGAUUUUCCGGAAUUUUAACGAAUCAAGGCUUACAAAGCGAAUCUUUGCUCGGCGGUGCUCGACCACACGUUGAUCUCGAUGAUGUCGCUUGCAUUGCUUGCCACGUUACCGAAUUGCAAUCUACCAAACGGCAGAGAUAUGAAUUUACUGUUAGCUCCGUCACUCAAACCUUCUAUCUUGGAACUAAACUUAUUCUUAAUUUCCUGUUCAACCCACUCGUUAUUUUCAAAUAAAAAAUUAUCAAAAUGAUCACAAAAAAAUUAUUCUUUGCGAUGGAUAAGUAAAAAAAUUAUUUUUUAUUUUUGAUCGAGAAUCGCAGAUCAUAGUAAUCGCGAAUUUUAUAAACUCAUUUUACUCUGUCUCCCCCCCCCCCCCCCCACACUGGUAGAAAAAUUGAGAAAUUUAACGGCGGCUACACUAAUCAAAUGUAUAAAUCAGUCGUAACGAUUCGAAAGAAUUACAUUAUUUUUUAAAACUUUAUUAUUUAGUAUAAAUUCACUCGAUUACUUUUUACUACAAAACUACUGUUAGUUGAGCCUCGUAACUUCAGUCGAGCUCGCGAAUAGCACUGCGAAUAAAAACGCAAUCGCCAUAACACUUUAGUACCUUAUUCUCCCUGGUCAUUAACAAAAACAAUUCUAAUUAAAGAUCCUCGUGCCAUGCACGUUAUUCAUACGUCAGUUAAACUUAGUCCAGUUACCACCACACACCUAUAGCCAAAUACUGCAAUAGGCAAAAGCAGAAGAAUGCAAAACCCAUCACAUCAACCAGUGAACCAGUCACAGCGACUCCGCGAAAAUAUUUUUUUCCAUUCUCCAUACAUUGAACCUGUUAAUUCUUGUUAUUAUAGAAAAUCUACUUUCUUUUUUAAUCACUCAUGUUCUCAAUCGAAAACGAUAUGCUCCUUAAAUUCUAUUCGAUCGAAACUCUACUGAAUCUGUUGAUAACAUUGCUUUUUGUUGAAGGAAAAAAAUGGAGAAUCCUAACGUGAAAUUGUAUCGUUCCUUAUUUUUCUUCAUCAUGCCAAUUUCAUGCGAUUACUUCAUCAUUAUACUUCCGUAAAACAAGCACUAUACAAAUAUUUUCGAAUUAUGAAAUAUUUACAUUAUAGAAAAAAAAUAGAAAGAGUACGAAAAUCGUUAAUUUGACGAUUUCAUCGUCAUCGAUUAAAACAAACAAUUUUACCGAAACGUGGCUACGUUGAUUGGUCAUCAAAGUUAUUCAUUUACAAAAAAAUCAAUCAGCCUCGAUAUAUUCAAGGGAAAAUAUCGCGAGGGUCUUGCCCUUCGAAAUUCUCAGAUCUACACCAGGCAUAUUCUUGAUAGAACGAUUUGCAGAUCCAUUCGUACAGUGACGUAAGAAACCGGUGAAACAAAAUGAUCUUUGACGACCACUUCAAAAGUUCAAUGCCCCAAAAAUAUUUGAUCUAUUGAAUAGAACGAAAUAAGACAUUCGUAGAUCAUCACGUUUCAUUCGUUCUUUUCGUCACUGCAUUUGUUCCUAUAGUUCGUACCACGUUUUAUUUGAGACUCAAAAUCAAUUAUUGUUAAAUGCAAAUGUAAUACCUCCAUGUAUUUUACUAUAGAAUAUAUACAUCUAUAUAUUUUAUGUUGCAUAAUAUUGUAAUAUAUCUUAAUGCCAGUUCGAGAAAGAUACACGAUCACAUAUUUUUAUAUUAUUAUUAAUUUUCAUUCUUAAUAUGAGUAUUGCGACAAGAGCAACGUGGUAUACUAGAUUUUUUUAUUUACACGAUCAUUUUAGUCCGUUAAUUAACUCGCUCAGGUUACAAAACCGUUGUGAAAAUAGAGGAGUGCUGAAAAAUCUUGAUAAAACGGCACUACAUCGAAAAACUCCGAACUGCGUUAGUGAGGAUGGAAAUUUAAUGAAAAUAUCACAUUUCAGUCCAACAUUUUUUUUUCUAAUUGCAAACCAAUUUCAAUUUUAGUUUUAUUUUUUGCAUCACAGCACAAUGUCAUAUUACGCUGAUUCAAUUUUUUUUCGCUACUGUCAUCGUUGUGCGGUCGCGACUUGUCGAUUAGAAAAAUCUAGGAAACUUAGGAUGGACCACAUCGAAAAAGCAUGUGAAUUAAUCGAUGUGUAGAUCUGUACAAAGCAAGAAUAAGUGUUUGACUGAAAUGAUCAAUAUUUAAAGGAGUUUAUGACUUUAGAAACAAACGGAAUCUCGUGGAGAGGGAAAUGAGAAGGAGAAAAUAGAAAAUAUGUGUGUAUAUAGGAUGCAUAUAUGGGCAGAUCCAUUGCUUUUCGAUCGCAGCCCGCAGGCUUGUUAAAAAAAACGAUCCUUGGAAUUUGAACCCAAGAAAUCUUGGAUCUUGAGAAAUUUUUGAAAAGUCACUAUUUCACCUCGUUUGGUUAAAGUAGUAGAACGAGAUGCUGAUAAAAGAGGAUUUUCGUUUAGGGCUGAAAACCAUUUUUUUAAAUUACAAGACUCCAAGAGAAGAACGCUGUUCCAUUAAAAUCUUCAAAUGUCAAAAAGGCUAAAAAAUUGGCUUAAAAAGUUCCAAAAAUUUCUGUAGUCACGAGAUUUCUUUACAUUAAUUUCUAAUUUCCAGGAUUGUCUUAUUAAUUAACCUACUUUUUUUAAAUAUAAUUAGCAGUCAAAUCGCUGGCCUGUGCCCACAGACCGCAGUCGAAAAGUCAAGGAUCUACCCAUACAAUGAAUAUAUAUGUAUGUGCCUUCAUGUUAAUUCCUUUGAUCAAUAAAUCUGUAGCGAUUAUUUCCUGUUGAAAAAUCCGCUAAAUGUGUACUUAGAAGUGGGCUCGUUUUUCUCAUUGUAUUCGUCAUGAGGGAAGAUAGAGCACGAAUACAAUUGUUAAAAUUUCCUAGUACUAAAUGCAUUAUCUGCUGUGUACGUGUAUUUUGUUGUGCUGCUGAAAUUUUUCGGAGUUUAGAUUUUAUUAUAUUUUAGUCGAUUGUUGAACGUUUGAAAAAACGAGGAAGCACAAUAAUGAAGUAUUUUGUGUUGACAAAAUCUCAACACAAAUUUCGACGUCACAUUUCUGUUUGGAUCUGUGCAUAAAAUACGAUUGAAAAACUAAUUGUGUAAAAUUGAUGGCCUGGCAUCGAGAAGUUAUCGACGAGUUUGUUAUUUUGUUCGACACAUUUUCGUGGGUCGAUUCAAGUUAAUUUUUUGCCAAGUAAUGCAAAUGAUAAAAAUGAUUUUUCUAAUGUUUUCACUGACUCGACUGGGCAAAUUUACACUCGGUGCAAAUUCACGUACAGUUAUUUUUUAUAUCAAUCGUAAUUUGAGAAUAAAAUAUUUCAUUGAUUAUAAUGUAAAAUCUUAGAAAAUACAUCGAAACAAAUGAAAAUUGAGCAAAUAUCGAUCAUGCGAUAAUUCAAAUGAAUCACGACGAUAGUAAAAAUUGCAGUCGUUAUCAGAAUAAUAAAAAUAUCUUGCUAUAUUUA